UUAAAAAGGCCAAGUUCGAUGGGCCCCAAGAGAAGUUUAACACCUACGUGACACUGAAGGUGCAAAAUGUCAAGAGCACAACCAUCGCGGUGCGGGGCAACCUGCCCUCCUGGGAGCAGGACUUCAUGUUCGAGAUCAACCGUCUCGACCUGGGCCUGACAGUGGAGGUGUGGAACAAGGGGCUCAUCUGGGACACCAUGGUGGGGACGGUGUGGAUCCCCCUCCGGACCAUCCGGCAGUCCAAUGAGGAGGGCCCUGGGGAAUGGCUCACGCUCGACUCCCAGGUCAUCAUGACCGACAACGAGAUUUCGGGCACCAAGGACCCCACUUUCCACCGUAUCCUCCUUGACACCCGCUUCGAGCUGCCGCUGGAUAUCCCCGAGGAGGAGGCCAGGUAUUGGGCCAAGAAGCUGGAGCAGCUCAAUGCCAUGCGGGACCAGGACGAUUAUGCCUUCCAGGAGGAGCAGGAAAAGCCUCUGCCCGUUCACAGCUCCCAGUGCUGCAACUGGAAUUAUUUUGGCUGGGGAGAACAGCAGAACGAUGACCCUGACAGCACGGUGGAUGACCGGGACAGUGAUUAUCGCAGCGAGACCAGCAACAGCAUCCCACCGCCGUACUACACCACCUCCCAGCCCAACGCCUCCGUCCACCAGUACCCCAUGAGGAACCAGCAGCAGAGCUCCCGUGACUCCUAUACCGACUCCAUGCAGAGCUACGAGAUGGACUACUCAGACCAGCGUCCCAUCAGCCCCACGGCCGCCCCCCGCUACGCCUCGUCGGCCGAGCUGAGUCAGGGCAGCUCCCAGCUGAGCGAGGACUUCGAGAACGAGAGCCUGCGGGACUCGGAGCUGGAUGAGCGGGACGGCGACUCCUACCACUCCUGCCACAGCUCCGUCAGCUACCGCAAGGACUCGCCCCGCUGGGAGGAGGAGGACGAUGACCUCUAUCUGGAGGAGGAGGAAGAGGAGGAGGAAGAGUUUAAUGAGGACUACAGCGAGAAUGAGGAAGGCUACCCCAAGGAGGAGGAGGAGGAGGAGGACCUGCAGGAGCAGGGCACCUACAAAACCCCCGAGCACGAUGCCUACCCCCCACCGCAGAAGCCCCCUGGGCAGCAGCAGCAACAGUCUCAGCAGCAGGAGAGGAAGGAGGAGAGGAAGGAGGAGAAGGACAUCUCUGCCCUUCAGGAAACCCCAGAGGCCCUCCAGGCCCAGCAGGGAGCAGACGAAGCUCCCCUGCAAGAGGCGGCCCCUGAACCUGAGCCCCCAAAACCGGCUGAGAGGGAGCAGGCAGAGGUGGAGGUGCAGGAUCCCAAAUCACGAGCCAAAGCCAACUGGCUGAGAGCCUUCAACAAGGUCUGCAUGCAGCUGCAGGAGGCCCGCGGGGAAGGCGAUGGAGAAGCUAAAUCCCUGUGGUUCAAAGGCGGGCCUGGUGGCGGGCUGAUCAUUAUAGACAGCAUGCCGGACAUACGCAAGCGAAAACCCAUCCCCCUAGUUAGCGAUUUGGCAAUGUCCCUGGUCCAGUCCAGGAAAGCAGGAAUCACGUCCGCGCUGGCCUCGAGCACCUUGAACAAUGAGGAGCUGAAAAACCAUGUUUACAAGAAGACCCUGCAAGCCUUAGUGUACCCCAUCUCCUGCACGACGCCCCACAACUUUGAGGUGUGGACAGCCACCACCCCCACCUACUGCUACGAGUGCGAGGGGCUGCUCUGGGGCAUCGCCCGGCAGGGCAUGCGCUGCGCCGAGUGUGGCGUCAAGUGUCACGAGAAGUGCCAGGACCUGCUCAAUGCCGACUGCCUGCAGAGGGCGGCGGAGAAGAGCUCCAAGCACGGAGCGGAGGACCGGACCCAGAAUAUCAUCAUGGUGCUCAAGGACCGCAUGAAGAUCCGGGAGCGCAACAAGCCAGAGAUAUUUGAGCUGAUCCAGGAGGUGUUUGGGGUCACCAAGACCACGCACACGCAGCAGAUGAAGGCAGUGAAGCAGAGUGUCCUGGACGGCACCUCCAAAUGGUCAGCCAAGAUCAGCAUCACAGUUGUUUGUGCCCAGGGCCUGCAAGCAAAGGAUAAGACGGGUUCCAGUGACCCGUAUGUCACUGUCCAGGUUGGAAAGACAAAAAAAAGGACUAAAACUAUCUACGGCAAUCUCAACCCUGUCUGGGAGGAGAAUUUCCAUUUCGAGUGCCAUAACUCCUCCGACCGCAUCAAGGUCCGCGUCUGGGAUGAAGAUGACGACAUCAAGUCCCGUGUCAAGCAGCGCUUCAAGAGGGAGUCCGACGACUUUCUGGGCCAGACAAUCAUUGAGGUCCGGACCCUGAGCGGGGAGAUGGACGUCUGGUACAACCUCGACAAGCGGACAGACAAGUCGGCUGUGUCGGGAGCCAUCCGGCUGCACAUCAGCGUGGAGAUCAAAGGCGAGGAGAAGGUGGCUCCCUACCACGUACAGUACACCUGCCUGCACGAGAACCUGUUCCACUUUGUGACGGAUUUGCAAAACAACGGGGUGGUGAAGAUCCCCGACGCCAAGGGGGACGACGCCUGGAAAGUGUACUUUGAUGAGACGGCGCAGGAGAUCGUGGACGAGUUUGCCAUGCGCUACGGGGUGGAGUCCAUCUACCAGGCCAUGACGCAUUUUGCCUGCCUUUCCUCCAAAUACAUGUGCCCUGGGGUGCCAGCGGUGAUGAGUACCCUGCUAGCCAACAUCAACGCCUACUAUGCCCACACGACGGCUUCCACCAAUGUCUCGGCCUCUGACCGCUUUGCCGCUUCCAAUUUCGGGAAGGAGCGGUUCGUCAAACUCCUCGACCAGCUGCACAACUCGCUGCGGAUUGACCUCUCCAUGUACCGGAACAACUUCCCUGCCAGCAGUCCUGAACGGCUGCAGGAUCUCAAGUCCACGGUGGAUUUGCUGACCAGCAUCACCUUCUUUCGGAUGAAGGUCCAGGAGCUGCAGAGCCCGCCACGAGCCAGCCAGGUGGUGAAGGACUGCGUGAAAGCCUGCCUCAACUCCACCUACGAGUACAUCUUCAACAACUGCCACGAGCUGUACAGUCGCGAGUACCAGACAGACCCGACUAAGAAAGGCGAGGUGCCCCCUGAGGAGCAGGGCCCCAGCAUCAAAAACCUGGACUUCUGGUCCAAGCUCAUCACUCUGAUAGUCUCCAUUAUCGAGGAGGACAAGAACUCCUACACGCCCUGCCUGAACCAGUUCCCCCAGGAACUGAAUGUGGGGAAGAUCAGCGCCGAGGUGAUGUGGAACCUCUUUGCUCAGGACAUGAAGUAUGCGAUGGAGGAGCACGACAAGCAUCGCCUGUGCAAAAGCGCGGACUACAUGAACCUGCACUUCAAGGUGAAGUGGCUGUACAACGAGUACGUCACCGAGCUGCCCUCCUUCAAGAGCCGCGUGCCCGAAUACCCCGCCUGGUUCGAGCCCUUCGUUAUCCAGUGGCUGGAUGAGAAUGAAGAGGUGUCCCGGGAUUUCCUGCAUGGAGCGCUGGAGCGGGACAAGAAGGAUGGGUUCCAGCAGACGUCGGAGCACGCACUCUUCUCUUGCUCCGUGGUGGACGUCUUCUCCCAGCUCAACCAGAGCUUCGAGAUCAUCAAGAAACUUGAGUGCCCGGAUCCCCAGAUUGUUGGGCACUACAUGCGAAGGUUUGCCAAGACCAUCAGCAAUGUGCUACUCCAGUAUGCCGAGAUCAUCUCCAAGGAUUUUGCCUCGUACUGCUCCAAGGAGAAGGAGAAAGUGCCCUGCAUCCUGAUGAACAAUAUCCAGCAGCUCCGCGUCCAGCUCGAGAAGAUGUUUGAAGCCAUGGGUGGGAAGGAGCUGGACACAGAAGCCAGUGAUAUCCUCAAGGAACUGCAGGUGAAACUUAACAACGUCCUGGACGAGCUGAGCCGAGUCUUUGCUACCAGUUUCCAGCCACACAUCGAGGAUUGCGUGAAGCAGAUGGGUGACAUCCUGGGCCAGGUGAAGGGCACCGGCAACGUCCCUGCCAGCACCUGCAGCAGCGUUGCACAGGAUGCUGACAACGUCCUGCAGCCCAUCAUGGACCUCCUGGACAGCAACCUGACGCUCUUUGCCAAGAUCUGUGAGAAGACAGUGCUGAAGCGGGUGCUGAAGGAGCUCUGGAAGCUGGUGAUGAACACGAUGGAGAAGACCAUCGUCCUGCCCCCGCUCACUGACCAGACGGGCACACAGAUGAUUUUCAAUGCAGCCAAGGAGCUGGGGCAGCUCUCCAAGCUGAAGGACCACAUGGUGCGUGAGGAAGCCAAGAGCCUGACCCCAAAGCAAUGCGCAGUGGUGGAGCUGGCACUGGACACCAUCAAGCACAGACACCUCUGGUCCAGCGCUGCCUUGGAGCUGCCAGUCUCGGCAGAGCGGUGCCAGCCUGGCCAGGGCUCAGACCUCUCGCAGGAUCAGCUGGAUCCAGAUGCUGUGCCAGGGCCUGUCCUGGGCACACUGGUUCAUGGUGGGAAAGGUAUUAGGUUUACCCUUAGUGAAGAAAUUUAUCCUGAGAAGGGCUCUGGUGUGGAUGACCCUGUCGGGGAGGUGUCCAUCCACGUGGAGCUCUUCACCCACCCCGGCACUGGUGAACACAAAGUCACUGUCAAAGUGGUGGCUGCGAACGACCUCAAGUGGCAGACGUCGGGCAUCUUCCGGCCCUUCAUUGAGGUCAACAUCAUCGGGCCCCACCUCAGUGACAAGAAGAGGAAAUUCGCCACCAAAUCCAAGAACAACAGCUGGGCCCCCAAGUACAACGAGAGCUUCCAGUUCACGCUGGGGACGGAGACGGGCCCCGAGUGCUACGAGCUGCAGGUGUGCGUGAAGGAUUACUGCUUCGCUCGUGAGGACCGGACAGUGGGCAUUGCUGUCCUGCAGCUCCGCGAGAUCCUGCAGCGACCUGGCUGUGCCUGCUGGCUGCCCCUGGGCCGCCGCAUCCACAUGGAUGACACUGGCCUCACGGUCCUCCGCAUCCUCUCCCAGCGCAACAAUGAUGAGGUGGCCAAGGAGUUCGUCAAGCUCAAGUCGGACACACGCUCGGCCGAGGAGGGCAGCAGUUAA